CGAGCUGCCUACACAGAUUGAAGAUAUUUGACCAAUGUUCGGGGUUAAAUGGUAGGGGACAACUCGGUCUUGGGACGAGUUGGUACCGAAGCCAGUUAACCCGCACUCUCUUGCAGGUGAUCGAAAAAAAUCGAUCUGCAGGAGCCAGACUGGGAGGAUCGAUUUUGUGGUCACCUCACUUCUAGCUGCACUAUUUCGAAGCCUGUUAACCACUCCAUGUGCGUGCUUUGCGACAUUUUGUUGUUUUGGAUCGGUCAGCCAUGGAGGUUAAAACAAAGCUUCAGAAAAAAAGGGAGAGUGUUAACAGGCGUACAUUUAAUAAAUGGGAUUUCAAAGACGAAUUCAUAAUUUUGAAGAUGGAUGAUCAAGGCAACAUUACAAAACUCCUGUGUAAAAUAUGUGCUACUCACUUGACAGAUAUCAUCAAUGAGGCCCACCGACGUAAUAUGAAAGGCGUUGUUGUCGAUGGGAUUGUGAAACUGGCCAGUGGAGUGGAAUGCAUACACAAAGGAAAUUUGUGCAGACACAUCAAGACUGGUGGACUGCAUGACUGGGCAAAAAAGAAGUAUGGUAUGGAAAAUAUUAUCUCCCCCAGUCCAUCAACGUUUUCUUCAGCUGGGGAAUAUGCCACUCAGACGAGCAUUGAUACCGUUAUCUACACGGAUACUCGUACUGAAUACAAACAUCUUUUCAACACGGCGCUCUUCGUCGCCAGACAGGAAAUGUCGCUUGCGGAAUUUCCACGACUGAUCGACCUACAGAGCAAAAAUGGGAUGCAUUUCGUCACUGGCAGAGAUUGUGAAAAGUGCUGUCGACAAUUUGUGUCCUUCCUCGCGACUGUUUUACGCGGUGAUAUUGAAAUGAUGAUGAACAGAGCGAACUUCUUCUCUGGUUUCAUAGAUGGCCCACAAUCAAGAACUACUGGGUCAGAAAAGGAACUUACUUAUGGGAAAAUUGUCGUUAAUGGAUGCCCAACGGUGCUCCUUCUGAAAUGCCAGGAUUUGUCGGAGAUCGAAGGAGAUGAUGAUGCCCAGUGUGUGAAGAGUGUUUACGACAAAACAUUCUUAGAUGUGUUUAACAUGCCACCAGAAAGGUACGCAAUGCUGAUGGUUAGUGUCUGUACAGAUCGUCAGAAUGUGUACAACACUGCAUGCAAACAAUUGAAACAGGAUCACGAUCGGGAAUGGCUGUUGAUUAAUCACUGUCUGAACCACCAUCUCGAAUUGGCCAUAAAGGAUGUGUUCAUGUCAGAUGCUGCGUUCCGAGAUAUUGAUGACAUGAUGAUGAACAUAUACCACCAUUUUAGAAACAGUGGCGAAGCCACACGAAUAUUCGUUGGAACAGCGUUUGCUCUGGGAGUAAUUUGUGUAACGUUCGUGAAGGCCCAUGGAACGCAUUUCCCAAAUCUUAAGUAUCGAGCAUGUAAAGCAAUGCUGAUAAACUAUCUUCCAUUCUGCAAGUAUUGCGAAAAAAUGAUCGAGAUGAAAGGGGCUUGCAGGGCUGACGCUGAAGCGGAAUUGAAAGAUCACCUCAACAAACUCAUGACCUACACGUUCCUAACUUCUGUGAACUUCUACCGACAAGUUCUACGAAUCACAACACGCUUGGCAUAUGUGAUGCAGAACAGUUCGGUUUUACUAACUGACGUCAUGGAUGCAAUGGCAGAGGCCAUUCGACAUCUGAAUGAGCUUGCAGAAUCAGAGGUCGACUUGCCAUUUGAGGCAAAGAUUGGUGAAGAUGAUUCUGUCAUGAUAUAUGCAAAGGCAACCAACCUACCAGUAACCCAAGCGUUCAGAGAAAAACACCAGCUCACAGAAAAGAUAAAGAAGAGAGUUGCACAACUGACACAGGUUACAAAACAAGAGGUCCGUCUGAAGAAUGUGAAGCAAGGUCAAGACUCCGUGAAACGAAUCAAAGAUAAAUUGAUUCCUGCAGUUAUUAACGCUAUUGACCCCCGUUUAGUUCCAUUUCAAUCGGAAGAGGAUAUCUACAAUUCUGUCCAGCUUGCAGACCAUUCAACAUGGGAUUUUGAUGACAACCUGUUUGGGAUGGACAAAAUAAAGAAGCUGAGUGAACAUUUCCACGUCUGUCUAGAAUUUCAUGGCUACAACAUGAGCAAAGCAAUGUCCGAGUUCUUACAACUGAAAGCUCUGAUUCGUCAGAAGUAUCGUAAUCACAUCAACAAACUCCAGGUGUGGAAAGCCAUAUUCGUGCAUUUUGGUGGAAAAUUUCCUCAUAUUCUGCUGCUGAUUGAGUUGUGCCUUUCCCUGGCGUGGUCGUCAUCGACAGUUGAGUUGGGAUUCAACGUCUGCAGCCGCAUAUUAACAGACGGUAGGGCGACGCCCAAGAAAGGCGCUUUGGAUGAUCUACUGAUGCUGCGUGUCAACCUACCGGCCAUGGAGGCCCUGGAACCAGAAUAUGCCAAUGAUCUGGUGAACAAGGCAGUCGAUCUGUUUCUCUCCAAGCCCAGGCGACAGUGUGGCAAGCCCAGAAAUCGCGCGAUAGUUCCGGAGGAGACCAAACACAAUUCUGGAUUUCUGCCCACGCCUUUCAGUGCCUCGACAAAUGAGCUUCUGGAGGACGAGGAUUUCCUCAUGUUGAGCGACAGCAGUGAGAGUGAUAGCGAGUCCAGCGAUGAAUACCACAAUGACAUGGACGCCGAUAGUCAGGUGUCCAAUGAUUAUGUCAUGGAAGCCGAGGCCCAACCGACUUGUGAUGAUGAAGAAUGUCCAUUAACGUUCAAGGUGGAACCUGCAUGGGAUUAGACUGAGAUAACUACAUGUCAGGAAAAAUGAUACAAAGUACGAAAUCCCAAAAUCAGCUGUUGUUUCAGCAAUUGUGUCAUGGAAACCGCUGUCCAGUCAUCUUGUGAUGAUGCAUUGGAGUGUGUCCAUUAACUUUAAGGUAGACCCUGAAUGGGAAUAGACUUGAUAGUUACAUGGCAUGAACACCGAUGGUCAACUGCUGUUUGAAUCCUUGUGCAAUGGAAACCGUUUGUCCAGCCAUCUUGUGAUGGUAGAGGAUGUCAGUUAAGAUUUAAGGUAGAGUAGAACCUGUUUGGGAAUAGCUUGAGAACUACAUGCCAUGAAAAAAAAAAAAAAAAACACAGAAAAAACCCAACCAGCAACUAGAAUAAGAAAUACCAUGAUGACAUGGAGACCAAUAGUCAGGUGUUUCAAUGAUUAUGCCAAGCAACCCGUUGUCCAGUCAUCCUGUGACGAUGUAGAAUGUUAGUUAACUUUUGAAGUAGAAUCUGAAUGGGAAUAGAUUGAGAGCUACUUGUCAUAAAAAUUAUACAUAUUAAGUAGAUCUAUACCAUGAUAAUAUGAACUGUUUGGUAUAGUAUAGUUAAUUAAUAAAACGGUUAAAUGUGA